CGACCAGCUGGGAUUUCUAACAGACCUUUGGCUGUAUGGGAUUGAUGACCUGAGGCAGCUUUGACCGGGGCAAGCGAAGCAUAGCCGCCACGAGAGGCCCGCUGACGAGCGGGCAAAUCGCCCUGGCCGUAUCGCGUGUAAGACAUCCGUCACGCUGCGCUUGUCCAGCGUGUAGCGUAGGCGUGCGCGGUCUCUGAUUGCGCGUUGGUCCCAGCCAUGACGUACGUAGGUACUGCACCGCAUCACGCUUUCGAACAGCUUUUUCGGUCUCAUUCCACAACUUGCCCAACACUACACAGGCAUUACCAAGCAGCAGCUACCUCUAGCUAUCCAAUACAUCAGACAUGCAGGACAUCGAGCUCGAUCGCAUCGUUAUCCCAGCCGAUAUGACCCUCAAACAGAACAACAGCGGCAACCGCGCCUUUCAGUGCCCGGACGUGCGCUGUGGACGCCGAUUCAACCGCAAGUACACGCUUACAGAGCACAUGAAGACGCACACGGGUGAACGCCCGCACGUGUGUCGUGCACGCGGCUGCGGCAAGCGCUUCAGCACCUCAGGUAAUCUGUCCCGGCAUAUGCGUCUCCACGGCGCCAUUGAGCCCGUGCAUUGCCCCGUGAAGGGCUGCACUAGCAAGUUCAUGAGCGACAUCAAGCUGGCCAAGCACAUGCGUACGCACUACGUGCCGCGGACACACACAUGCAAGGUGCCGGAGUGCGGCAAGUCGUUUAGUACCACGGGCAACCUCAACCGCCACCUCAAGAACCAGCACACAGAACAGGAACGCGAGAAGUACAAGACGCCAGCGCCGUCUUCGCCGACUUUGAGCUUCAUUUGCAGCACCCCCAGCAACCAGAAGUGCAGCACGCCUACCCGCGAGAGUCCCACGGGCAUUGACCAGGAAUGGACAGGCAACGCGUGGGAACUCGCGUCGGAGUCGAUCGAGCUGGAGCUGCCGGCCCCGUUCGAGAGCGCGUGCACGACGCCGUGGACCCCCGAAAUGCUGGACAUUCUGUCCAAGAUGCUGCUCGACUAAAGCGGGCUUGUAAACCAACUAGGCGAUAGUGUGUAUAGUAACUUAAAGAUCGAAUCAAUUCUUUGACCAAUACGACGCU